AUGGACGCCCCUCCGCAGCCAACUAUUGCUGCCAUCUUACAAGUCGAGACCAAUGACAUCGCUGUCUUUAUCGUCAUACUAGCUUGGUCAUUGUUGUCUCUGACCCCACCGAACCUCAUCAAUGCUGGUUUCGAGUUGGUUUUCCCAUCUGAGGAUACUAUCAAGGACAUCCUACAGCUCUCGCAACUAGAAUUUGCCCCUGUUUUACUCGAAGUCUUCCGCUGUGUCACCGCUCCCACCAUUGACUAUUUUAAAAGCCUUCCUCUUAUAGACAACGAGCUCUGGGGCGUCUAUUGUUUGGUAGUACCCUUGUUGAUGUGA